AUGACUGCAGAUUCAACUCCCUUUGGUAAACACUUUCGUCUCAAAUACUUUGGCUUUGACCCGAAUUAUGUCCCGCUCAACCACGGGUCUUUUGGCGCUGCUCCCAACCCUGUAGCCCAGCGUCGGGCUACAGAAAUAGUUGAACUAACACGCAAUCCUGACAAAUACUUACGCUUCACCAUUGCAGACCGUUUAGACUCAGCCCUGGAUUCCGUGGCUCCAUACGUGGGACUAACAGAGAAAAACAAAAACGGGUUGGUGUUUGUAUCCAACGCAACUGUGGGAGUCAACACUGUGUUACGCUCAUUCCCAUUUGCCUCAAGAGAUGCCAUCAUCUACGCGUCCUCCACGUAUGGCGCGUGUGCUAAAACCGUCCAGUUUGUGCAGUCCCGCGUUGGCCUUAAAUCUUACAAAGUCAACAUUGAGUAUCCCUUUACAAACAAAGCCGUUGUAGACGCAUACGCCGACGCAAUCGAUAAAGCAAAAAAAGAAUCACCUGAAGGUACCGUCGUGGUUUUGUUUGAUGCUGUCUCGUCCCAGCCUGGUUGUAAAUUACCUUGGAAAGAGCUCACAGCCUUAUGCAAAACCAAGUCUGCUCUUUCUCUAGUCGACGCUGCUCAUGGUGUGGGGUUACUCACAGACAUUGACCUUGAUACUGUCCAGCCUGACUUUUUCGUCUCAAACCUUCACAAAUGGUUUUUCUGUCCAGGUCCUAGUGCUCUUCUUUAUGUCGCCAAACAACACCAUCCUGUGAUUCAAACUUUCCCAAUCUCUCACUCAUAUGUACCAGAAACAAGCAUUUCAGAGUACCCAGAAGAAACCCUUCUCCGUGAUAAGUUCCGUUUCGUCGGUACCAGUGACUACACUACCUACAUUUCCACUCUUGCAGCCAUUGAUUUCCGUGAAAACGUUUGUGGUGGUGAGAACAAAAUCCAAGAAUAUACCUUUAAACUUGCACGCGAGGCUGCUGCCCUUUUCCAACGAGAAUUUGCUACAGAAUCUGUAACAGCUCUUGACGAUUCUGACACAACAGCUACUGCCAUGGUCAAUGUGUAUUUGCCUUCUCCCUCGGGUCCUCUCGACUCUGAUGGGAAAAUUGACCUUGGGUUUGCUGCUGACAAUAUCCAAUAUUCACUGCUCCACAAGAGUAACGUUUAUUUCCCCAUUGGUGUGCUUAAUGGCAAAUUAUACACUCGUUUGAGUGCUCAAGUGUAUCUCGAACUUGCGGAUUUUGAAGCCGGUAUCCAAGCUUUUAAGAAGCAAUUUGCUGAACAUGAAUCUAAGUAUUCUGGGAAAUAA